AUGGAAAAUUGGGAAGUUGAAGAACUAUGUGAAAUUAUAAAAUAUAUGCACGAAACAUUAAUAUCAAUCCCAAUUAGAAUUCUGAAUCGAGAGAAGCAGAUAGCUAAAGAAGAACUUAAAGAAGGGGGACGAGACAUUGAAGGGGUAGAAAUGGAGGGAAAUAAAAAGCAGACCCGGCAGUGGUCUAGGGAAAAUUGUGAAAAGGAGAGUAUACAUGAGUCUGUCUUGGAAAACAAUCCACAAGCUUCAACGGAUCCAUCUGUAGUGACCAAUUCUUACAAGCUGCACUGGUUAUCAGUUUACUUCCAGACUCUGAUAUUUCUCUUCUUACUGUCAUGGCAUUUGAUCGCCUCACUUGCUUAUCUGAGGCCUCAGUCUGAGAAACAAUCAAACUUUGAUAUCAUUGUUACAAUAAUGUACUGCAUUAUUCCACCUAUGUUGAAUCCAGUAAUCUAUAGCAUGAGAAACAAGGAUAUUAAGGUUUCUCUUUCAAGAAUUCUGGUGAAAACACUGAGUUCCUUGGCUUUUGAAAUCUGGUGGUUCUUCUCCAGCUACCAAGCCCAAGCAGCUGAUCCAAGAAUGCUGGAUUUCAAAAGCCAAGGAGGUCAGUGCUACAAGGAGAAGAAGUGCCAGGAAGCCAUUGGCAAGUAUCACAGUGCAUUGCUGGAGCUGAAGGGACUGUUGCUGGCCCAGGAAGACUCUGAGGGCACCACUUUGAAUGCCUGCUUUAUGGGGGCCAGCAGCCUGGCAAACUCUUACAACAGCUUAGCAGGAUGUGUUGUUCAAGUCCUUCUGCUUCUCUUCUUCCUGGGCUCUGAUGUGGGCCGCCUUACUGUCAUGGCAUAUGAUCAGUUUGUUGCCAUUUGCCAUCCUUCGCAAUGUGAAAUGAUAAUGAACAGAAAAGUUUCUGAUAUUUGUGACAAAACAAUGGAUAAUGACACAUCUAUAUUUCUUCUACUGGAAUUCUCAACGAUUAGAGAACUACAGGUUAUGUACACGGCUAUAUUUCUGAUUCUGUAUUUAAUGACCCUAAUAGGGAACAUCCUCAUUAUUUCUGCAAUUGCUUUUGACUCCCGCCUUCACACCCCCAUGUACUGCUUUCUGAUGAACUUAGCCCUACAAGACAUUGGUUCUGUUUCACUCAUUGUCCCCAAAUCUGUUAUCAAUUCCAUUAUUAAUGCACGGCAUAUUUCUUAUCCUGGAUGUGUUGCUCAAGUCUUCUUCUUUGUCUUCUUUGUAAAUUGUGAUAUUUCUCUUCUUACUGUCAUGGCCUAUGAUCGAUUUGUUGCCAUUUGCAAUCCUUUACGAUAUGAGAUGAUAAUGAACAGGAAGGCUUGCACCAAAAUGAUUGGCAGUGUGUGGAUUGCCAGUUUCCUCAAUUCUGUCUUAAAUACAAUUGUAACUUUUACUACACAUUUUUGUUCCAACGUGAUCAAUCAGUUUUUCUGUGAUAUCCCACAGUUACUUAAGCUUGCCUGUUCAGAUUUUUAUUUAAUUGAAACUGGAGUUGUAAUAUUUAGUUUUACCUUGGCGUUUGGUUGUUUUGCCUUCCUCAUUAUUUCUUACAUUCAAAUAUUUAUUGCUGUUUCAAAAAUCCCUUCUGUUCGGGGAAGGAAAAAGGCAUUCUCCACUUGCUUCCCACACCUCACAGUUUUCUCCUUAUUUUUGUUUACUUCUUCAUUUGCUUACCUGAAGACUCCAUCUGAUACCCCAUCACACUUUGAUUUUGCAGUUACCAUCAUGUAUUCUAUUAUUCCACCCAUGUUAAAUCCAUUAAUAUACAGCUUGAGAAACAAAGACAUCAAAAUUGCUCUUUCAAAGCUUUUUUUACCUGAGGAUUUUCAUUUUAAUUAG